AUGCCGGCCGCGGCCAAGUGGACUCUCAAUACGUCCGCCCGGAGGGACCUCUCGGCGGCGGGCCCGCAGCUCCUGGCGGCAGCCGGGGGGGCGCCCACGCACGACCUGGCGCACGCCGGCCAGGCCCAGCACCUGCUCCAAGUCUGGAGAACCCUCGUCGCCGUGGUGGCGGCGCUGCCCGCCGCCAGCCAGCCCAGCCUCCACGCACUGGCGCGGCCGCUGCUCGAGGAGAUCCGCCAGGUCUGCUUGGCGGGGAGCCCCUCAAGACAGGCCCUGCAGGUCCUCGUCUGCGUGCUGACAGACCUGGAACCCUGCAGCGAGCAGUCGGCGGUCUUCCUGAAGAGCCUCCUGCUGGCCUUCUGCGAGUGGAUCCCGCACAGCGUGCUGGACGAGACGUUCUCCGCCCUGGACCAGAUGCUGAGGCUCAUCGGGCACGACAGGCUGGACGAGCGGGUGACGCGGGCCCUGACCCACUCGAUGCUGGACCAGUACACUUCGAGAAGGCACGGGCAGUUCCACGGGGAGCGCCGAGCUGGUAAGGUGGACAUGGCGCGGGCAGCACAGCAGGAGAGCCGACGCGAGAUAAAGGCGUUGGACGCCGGGUGCCGCACGGAGCGGAUCGCCGUGUUCAAGAAGACCAAGAUGUGCAAGUUCCACAUCAUGGGCGUGUGCACCCAGGGCGACGGGUGCCGCUUCGCGCACGAGCGGCAGCAGCUCCAGGCCGCCCCCGACCUCUCCUGCACGAAGCUCUGCAAGACGCUGAUCAACACGGGGGCCUGCGGCGACAGCGCCUGCCGCUACGCGCACAACCGCGAGGAGCUCCGCGCCAUGCCCGACGAGCCGGUGCCCGGCGGCGCCCGCGGCCGGCAGACCCUCCGCCUGCAGGAGGCGGGGCCCGGCCCCUGUGGGCCGCUGGCCGGGCAGCUGCCGCUGCAGGCGGCGCAGCCGGCCGUGCAGGCCGCGCUGCUGCAGAUCGUGCAGGCUGCAGCGGGCCCCCCGGGCGGCUUCGUGGACCUCACCACCCUUGGCCUUCAUUACCAGACCGCGGCGAUCGCCGCCCAGUGUCCGAGCCUGCCUGCGAUCCCUGCCUGCCCCGAGCUGGUGUGCUCGUCGGGGCCCCCGCUCCCGGCCUGCCCGGCUGCGCACUGUGAGUGCUCGUGCCCCAAGCCCGAGGCGGGCAGCUGGCUGCUGCUGCUGGGCGCGGGCGUGGCCACGGGCUGCGCGCUGGCGGGUCUGGUGCUCGGCGCUGCCGUCGGAGAGAUGGCGGCCAGGCCGCGCUCGCUUGACAUACGGGAGCCGCAGAUCGUCGUGAAUUUCCCUCUGGAUGCUCUGCCGUGGCAUCAUCGGAUUCUUCUGCACGCCAUGGGCGACGGGCGCUGGAUGUGCUUGACGCCAGAUAUGGAGAUCACGCAGCACAACUUGAACGAGCUGCGCCACUAUGUCCUCGAUCGUAAUGCGCAGUUUCCUCGGUGGGUGCUGGCUGGGCUCUAUGCUUUCGACCCCAUCGACCACGGGGAGCUGCUUGAGCUGAAGCGCCAGGCCCGACAGCGCGCGGCGCUGCUGGGGGCUGGCGACGCCGAGGAUGAGGCGGACCUCGCUUGGGUGCUCGCCGAGCCGCGGGACGCGAGGUUCGGCGAGGUGGUGCCUGCUGAUGUGGUGGAGGACCCGAAUCGUUGUGCCCAUCUGCGAAGGAAGGGCAUCGUGAUGCUGGACGGGCAGGAGCGGAUGAUCGAGCUGAUCACCCGCGACGAGAGGGAUGACUGGAUGAAGGAGCGCAAGGAGAGCUGCGUCGACAUCCGCCUGAACGGCGACCAGCGGUCGAAGAUCGGCCGCAGGGACGUGGACUUCCGUGACGCCGUGGAACAGAUGGAGGAGGCGGAGCUCGCCGACUACACCGACUUAGGGCCGCGCGCGAUGGGCGAGUUCGUCACGUCGGUGGCCGUCGGCAGCGGGAACCUCACGAGCUACCAGGCCGAGUGGGAGCGCAUGAGCGGAGACUUCUCAGGGGGUGCCCAAUGCCACGAGCACCGUUCGCUCCUGGAGAUCGCCCGCCGUGCGAUUUGCAUGGACCAGCUCAAUGUGAAGAACCUCCACUGCAUGGAGGCUCUGGUCAGGCGGGUCAUCCAGAUCGAGAUGGCAGUACAGCGCAAUCCACGGCAUCCAGACUUUUCCGGUCUCGAGGAUGCCGUCGGCGGGCCCACAGGUGCAUCGGGCUCUGCCGCCGUCCCGAGAUACACAGAGUUUGUGGUGGCCCGCCAGAAGGACCGCGCCAACAUAUUGAAGCAGAUGAGGUUGCACAAAGAGGAGCUGGAGCGGGAGCGCCCUUCGGACGACGGGGGGAAGCGCAACCGGAAGGACAAGGAGAAGGACAAGGGCAAGAAGAAGAAGGGCGGCCCCCCGGGCGAUGGCUCGGGGGGCGGGGAAUGA